CACUGACGCAGCAGCACAUGUUAAACACGGGUCUCCCGUAGCUGUGUAUGAUCAGCUGCAGUUCUCCCACACACACACACACACACACACACACACGCACACACACGCACACACACACUCUCUCUCUCUCUCUGAAGAGCAGAAACAAGGACGUCCUUCUUUUGCCUGGAAACCGGAGAUCAGUCAGUCAGAGGAGCGCAGAGCAGCCGCAGUCCCGAUGCAGCAACGUUAUCUACAGUCCCCGGUUCUCCAGCCACUGAAGCCGCACAGCAGACCCAACACACAGACGACUGAGGAGCUGAAGCUGAAUGUAAGAUCUGGUUGCAGAGGGCAGGAAUAAAAGCCAUCAUCAUGAAUUUUGUUAUGAAGCAGGCGCUGGGAGGCGCCACUAAAGACAUGGGGAAGAUGCUGGGCGGAGAGGAGGAGAAGGAUCCGGAUGCGGAGCGGAAGGAGGAGGAGCGGCAGGAGGCGCUGCGGCAGCAGGAGGAGGAGCGCAAGGCCAAAUACGCCAAGAUGGAGGCGGAGAGAGAGUCUGUGCGCCAGGGCAUCCGGGACAAGUAUGGGAUAAAGAAGAAGGAGGAGAAGGAGGCGGAGGCGGCGGCGGCACUGGAGCAGGCAGCGGAGGGCAGUCUGACCCGACCCAAGAAAGCCAUUCCGGCCGGCUGCGGAGACGACGAGGAGGAGGAGGAGAGUAUCGUGGACACCGUGAUGAAGUUCCUGCCCGGACCCCUGCAGGACAUGUUCAACAAGAAGUAGAGCUGAGGGGACUGCUGCCAUACACACACACACACACUCCUCUGAGGACUCUGGACAAACACACACACAAACACUACUGCCGUAAACACACUACUGCCAAAAACACACACUACUGCCAUAAACACACACACACACACACAAACACACACACACACACACACACACACACACACACACACACACACACACACACACACACACACACACACACACUGAUGUUAAAUCAGUGGUUCUUUAAUGUUCUUGGUCACGUCCCCUUUAAACCUGUUUUUAAGUCUCUGCACACUUUUCUAGGGUAAAAGAUGUGAAUAAUAUUGAAGAUGAAGAGUGAAAAUAUUGAAGAUGAAGAGUGAAAAUAUUGAAGAUUUCAUUUGAAUUUAAUUUGCAUAAUAAGGAACACGGCUUUGAUGUGAACCGGCAGCUCCGCCCUCACUCCUGCGCCUGUGAAGAUGCUUUAUUCAGAGACACCUCCUGAUUCAUUACGCUACAUGGACUAAAAUACUGUCGAGAAAUAAGAGCACACACACACACACACACACACACACACACGUUAAAGCAGAGGAGAGCAGGCCUGCACCACAGCCUGCAGGAGCUGAUCUCAGUAGUCUGUAAUGUGGUGAGUGAGCGCCUGACGCUGUUUAACCCAUCGGCUGAUCUGCUGAAGACGUUUCUAUUUUUGUAAAUCUUUCACUGUUGAGGAAACUAGACACAAACACGACUGACAGAGAUCUACGCUAUACUCUGAUGAUGACCCAGGAGCAUCUUUGAGAACCACUGAGUUAAACACACACCUGUUCAACCCAAUCAUGUGGAACACACCUUUAAACACACACACACACACGUUCGACAUGCACCUUUAAACACACACACACACACACACCUGUUUGGAGUCCAGAGCUCACAGCAGGAAUCUUCCUCCCUCCUCAUCAUCUGUCUGUAAAUAAGUGAUAAUAAACAGAUACACCUAUAUAUGGAUAUAUAUAUAUAUAUACACUAGCGAUAGCUGAUUCAGAUAUAUACGAAUAAUCUCUGAGUAAAAGCCAUAAACUAAUGCCGGAGGCGUCUCUCCAGUCAUCUAUUUUUGAUUGUUGCUCUGUUCUAGAUAUUUCCAUGCAUCAUCCUAUAGAUAUAAAUAUAUAUACUGUAAACGGAUUCGCUCAUCGACCAUCACAUGGUGUCCGAUCACACACACACACACACAGACAGCGUGGCCCAUGAUGGUGUAGUGCCGUUUCUCCGCAUGCGAAACAGCUCUCCAUGCUCCUCCUGUGCACUGUACGCGCUCCAGCUCCAACACGCUCCAGCUGAAGGCAAUAACUGAGCUUGUUGUCUGUAGAUGUGCAUCGCCUCACUCAUUAAACAGAUUCAGCACUGGCGAGUGUUGCGUUCCGUAUAUUGUACACCGCAGAACCUCCAUCACACACUACUACAAUUGGACCAAUAGGGCUAUAGUCAUCCACAGAGGUGAAUCUGGAUCAUCGUGCUCAUCUGCGCUGCUGUACAGUCGUGUGUCGUGUUUCUCUCUUCACCUAAACAGACAGUGACAAUGGUGCAAUAUUUGUUUCUGAAUGAAGAUGUGCUGUGCCGAUGCUUGAUUAUAGAUCAGCAAUAACAGACAAUCUUCAUCGUUAUCUAUGUUUAAUCGCUCCAGAAUGUCCAUGUCGUCUUCCUAGUUUCAGUCAAACCAGCUUAUUCAAGGAGAGAUUAGUUAGGGUCUCUAAGCGCUCGCUUCUUUAUUCGUCACACUGAUGAACAGGCGUCUCUUACACAGAGCUUGAGUCUGUUUCCAGUGCAAACAUCUGAAACUCUUAAACGGAGAAGACGUAGACGAGCACUGAUAGAGUCUUGUGUUCAGAAUAAUGAGUCCAAAUGAAGCGAGUUCUUCAGUAACACAAGCAGAUUAAUCAGAUCCCGUUCUGCUCGUCCACAUGAAGCUUCUUGAUGUAAGAAUGUUGAGAUAUUUGCAGCAGAAGCGAGACCGAGCUCAGAGUAAAGCCUGUUCUGCAGUGGGUUUUCCUCAUCCAGGUGAAAUCUGAUGAUGGUAACUCAGAUGUUAAACUCAGACUGUGUUUAUAGACAUCUUUUAUAUCAUGCUCUGCCUGUGUUUCAUUCAUUUAUAUUCACAAACACUGUAAAUAACGACGCACAUGUAAAACACCGCAGAAAAGGUGAACGUAGUGUAGGAUUAAGCUGCCAUCGUGUCGUUUUAAACAUUCCAGAUUUUCCAGACAUUCCGUGAAGAAAAUAUUGAUGAGGAAUAAUAUCCAGACAUCUGAGUGAUGUCAGGAGUAACAUAUGCUAAUGUCUGUGCUGUGAAUGUGGAGUCCCUCAUGAAUAUUAAUAUCCGUGGCCACGCCUCCAGAUCUGACUGCCUUUCUCAGACGUGUAAAGUCUGAUGUGCCAUUCUCUCGUGUCCAGACGCACAAAGCUCUGCGUUCGCUCCUGUCCGACUGCACUAAUGGAUAAUACACUGCCCAAUCACAUCACUCCUUUAUUAAACCAAAGAGUGUUGCUGUGUGUGCGAGAGAGUGUGUGUCUGUGGACAAUAUCCUUUAUUUGGGUCCUCCUUUGGGUUUGGUGUCUCAAACUGAACAAAUAAACCAUCAGAAAGAAAAACAAUCAAGAGCAAACGUCCCUGAAGAUGUGUUACAUGUUGGAGAGUGAAGAAAUAAUCAUGCGUCCUCAUCUACACACACACACACACACACACACACACACCCUCCACUGGAGUCACUGCGUUUCUCUCCAUGAUGAAGAUACUGCCGUCAUUACAGCACAUGAUGAAUAUGCCAUAGUCGUGAUCUCUGAAUGUACGUGUCCUGCGCAGCUCUUAAAGCGCCGCUGUGGUUCCUCUGUCUGUGAGCUGUUCCUGUCUCUCGAUGGUUGUGUUCUGGAGAUAUUCUCUUUAAUUCUGUGUAUUCUGAUAUGAUUUCUGUAGUGUGUAUUAAGGUCAGAGUAUCUUUUCUCUCUCUGUUUCUGUAUGCAUGCGUUGGCGUGUCCCAUGUGUGUGUGUGUGUUGUAGAUGAUGUUUGUGUGUGUCUUCUGUGUUUUCAUUGCAUGCUCUGAUAGACAGACUGUAGACUGUAACAUUCCUGGAUCGCCACACACACACACACACACACAUAAUAAUAAUAAUAAUAAUAAUAAUAAAGUGAUUUGAUAGA